GCUAUAAAUUCAAUUCUUGUGAAUGCCCACUUCACCACCUCUCUCACCCUUUCUCUCUCUAGAAAUAUGGGUUUUGUGCCAGUCAAAGCUCUUGUCCUCAUACAGCUCUCAUCAGUGCUUCUACUGAGCGCUGUGUAUGGUGAUGUGGUUGAUUUGGUGAGCCGGGCACAGCCACCACACCACCAUGCUCCAACCUACCCACCAACUGAAUCACCCAAAUACCACAAGACCCACCCACCCAGUCCCAGUCCUCACCCUCACCACCACCACAACACCCACCUUCCUCCACCGGUUCACCCUCCGAGUCACCCAUACCGUCACCCACCCACUUAUCUCCCAAAGAGGUGUCUUGUUGCUGUUCAAGGGGUUGUUUUUUGCAAGCCCUGCAAGUACACUGGGGUUGAUACCCUUUUGGAAGCUACCCCACUUCUUGGU